GAUGGCCGCGCCGACGUGGUCGCCAACGACGCCGGGGACAGGGUCACUCCUGCGGUCGUUGCUUUCUCGGAAAGCGAGGAGGUUGUUGGCUUAGCUGCAAAGCAAAGUAGAAUAAGAAAUAUCUCAAACACUGUAGUGAAAGUAAAGCAGAUCCUUGGGCGAAGCUCUGGCGACCCACAGGCAGAGAAAUAUAUCGCAGAAAGCAAAUGUUCAAUAAUUGAGAAGAAUGGAAAACUUCAAUAUGAAAUAGAUAAUAAAUUUAUUAACCCAGAAGAUGUGGCAAAACUAAUUUUCAGUAAAAUGAAAGAAACUGCUCAGUCUGCAUUGGGUUCAGAUGUAAAUGACGUUGUUAUCACUGUACCGUUUGAUUUUGGAGAGAAUCAGAAAAAUGCCCUUGGGGAAGCAGCUGCAGCUGCUGGAUUUAAUGUUAUGAGAUUAAUUCAUGAACCAUCUGCAGCUCUCCUGGCUUAUGGAAUUGGCCAAGAUUCACCCACUGGGAAAAGCAAUGUGUUGGUUUAUAAACUUGGUGGAACAUCGCUUUCUAUCACAGUCAUAGAAGUAAACAGUGGAAUAUAUCGUGUGCUUGCUACGAACACAGAUGACAGCAUUGGUGGAGUUUGCUUCACAGAAGCUCUAGCACAACACCUAGCUUCUGAAUUUCAGAGGUCUUGCAAACAUGAUAUCAGAGGAAAUCCCAGAGCCAUGAUGAAGUUAAUGAACAGCGCUGAUGUUGCAAAGCACUCGUUAUCAACCCUGGGAAGUGCAAACUGUUUUGUAGAUUCAUUGUAUGAUGGAUUGGAUUUUGAUUGUAAUGUGUCCAGGGCCAGGUUUGAACUUAUCUGUUCUUCACUUUUUAGUAGAUGUGUAGAAGCAAUUAAAAAGCUCUUGCAGCAAGUUGGAUUUACAGCAGAUGAUAUUAAUAAGGUAGUCCUGUGUGGUGGGUCUGCUCGAAUCCCAAAGCUGCAGCAGCUGAUCAAAGACAUUUUCCCAACUGUGGAAUUACUGAAUUCAAUUCCUCCAGAUGAAGUUAUUCCCAUUGGUGCCGCCAUAGAGGCAGGGAUUCUGUUAGGGGAAGAGAAUCCUUUUUUUGAAGAAGAAGCAAUCUUUAUUGAGUGUUCCGCCAAAGAUAUUCUUCUUAAGGGAGUAGACGAGUCAGGGGCUGACAAAUUCACAGUGCUAUUUCCAUCAGGGACACCAUUACCAGCUCGAAGGCAGCACACCCUGCAUGCUCCUGGAAACAUGUCUUCUGUGUGCCUUGAACUAUAUGAGUCAUUGGGGAAAAGUCCCAUGAAUGAGGAAGGUAAAUUUGCACAGAUUGUACUCCAGGAUUUAGAUAAAAAGGAGGAUGGCCUACAUGAUAUACUAACUGUACUCACAAUGAAAAGGGAUGGGUCCUUGCAUGUUACCUGCACAGAUCAAGAUACCGGAAAGUGUGAAAUCAUCACUGUUGAAGUGGCGUCAUAG